UUUCUUCAUAUUUCUGUCUGUGCGUUGCGCUCCUUUCUUCCAGCUCUCUCUCUCUCUCUCUCUCUAAACGCAGAGCGCUGCAUUCCUUCUCUCUCCAUCGAUUCCUCCAAGGCUUUCUCACCGUGACGCUCAAUCCCAUAUCUACACCGCCGCAUUCAAUCGCUCAAUUUUGCCGCCUCCAUUAACGGCCUCUCUGGCUCCUCUCUUCGCCAGUUUCCGUUAACUCGUUUCUCUUCGCCUUCCUCGUCGUCGUCCAACUACUUGAAUGGCUGGAUUUCGAUUCUGCCUCCCGUUCCCGAUCGCGAACCGCGUGGCGUUGAACCGAUACCCACAACGGCCACACCCACACCCACACCCGAAACCCCUCACAGACAAAACCCCCUCCUCUCUCCCUCUCCCAUGGUAUCGACGAACUCAAGGCUCCAAACUUACAUCCACCACCUCUGCUAAUGGCGGCGAUGCAUCCUCCGUCCGCGCCACCGGCGCUGCGAGUUCGCUCGCUUCCAAGAUCGCCAGAAAAUUGGAGACGACAUCGCCAGAAGGGUUAGGCAUAGCUGUUUGGAUAGGUGUGGGUUUUUAAGGGAGCGGUUUUGCAGUCAAGUUUCAAUUUAAAUAAUAAAGAAAUCUUGAAGGAAUCUGGAUGGGGAGGAAAAGAGGGAGAGAAAGGAGGAGAAAAAGACGGCGACGACGCAGCCAAUAUUUUUAGGAUCGAUUCUGACUUUGCACACUAUGUCGCCGAAUCCGUGGGUUUCUAUGUAUUUCCUCCUCUUCCGUAAAAACACAGGUAUCGAUCUCUUACAUUUUUUCAAUAGUUUUGCUUGUAAUGUAGGAUAUGACUGGAUGUCUCUGUCUGCUGCUUCAUUGUGUUUUUUUUUCUUCGAUUACUUCUUCGUUUUCUGAUUUGGUUUCUUCAUCUUCUCCUUGUUUUCAUUUAUUGCCAACCAAACAACCCCAAAACAAAACAAAAGUAUGAAGUUUCAAGUUGCUUUGAUUUGUAGAAUCUCCAUGAGGAUUUCCAGUUUGACCUACGAGAUUUAGUUAUUUUCCCAUGAUUUUGUUUGGAAUAAGUUGUGAUGUGGGUUUUGUGUAUUUUCAGCGGGUUGGUACCGCUCUCUAUCACGAAAGCUCUAUUGUUAUUUGGGUGAUGCAGAUCGAGGAUUAAAGCCCCCGAAAGGUGUAAAAGAGAGGAGCUUCCUCUGCACACAACCGUCUCAAUACUCCACGCCUCUCUCUCUCCAUUCAAACUUCAAACAGAGCGCUCUCUCUCUCUCUCUCUCUCUCUCUCUGACGCAAUCUCAAGCCAUCUAUGGUCGCAAGUGUGGACUGUGAUUUUGUCACACCCCUCUCUCCUCCUUGCCCUCGACCUUCCUCCGCGCACCGAGCCCCACGUCCACAGCUUCCUCCACGUGUCCGACGCCGUGUUGAGGGAGGCUGACAAGAUCGACAGGAAGAUUGAGCGGAACAAAGAGGUGGGCCCACUGGCUGGAGUUUUGGUUGCCAUCAAGGAUUGUACAGCGGACAUGCCGACGACGGUCGGAUCCAGUGCUGUUCGACACCAUGGCGGUGAGGAAGUUAAGGGAGAGUGGGGCUAUUAUUUUUUGGAAGACUACUUUGGAUGAUUUUGGGAUUGGGAGGUACUACUGAAGGUUCUGCAUACCAGGGUGUUCGAAAAAGAUUGUGAGGGAGUGCAGGAUUUGUCGAGAAGAAGAUGAAGAGCAUGAGAUGGAGGCUCCCUGUACCUGUAAUGGAACUCUAAAGAUGGUUUUUUUCCUUCUUUUUUUGCUAUUUGGUUAACAAAUUUGAUUCUGGGUCCUAAACCCUAGAUGAGGACUGAUUUGAUAUUUUUUUUUUAAUCAAAGAAUAUAUAGUUUAGAAUGCUAUUUGGUUAACAAAUUUGAUUCUGUGAAUUAAUGUAUUUAGUCUAUGGAGAUAUAUUUUUCCCCUGUGCACCCAUCCCCAAUUCCACUAGGAUAGAGUAGAUUAGGUUUAACGAAUGGCCAAAAAAAAAAGUAUUUAGUCUAUGGAGAUAUAUUUGUACCAGUGGUUUGAUUUUUUAUUUUGAUUUUGAUUUUUUAAAGAAUGCCCUACUAGGUGAUUAUUAUUUUUCCUUCGGAAAUAAGCAUAUUUGGUUUAGAUAAGCUUUGUAUUUUUUUGGUUUACUUGCUAGAUGAUUGCUUUGUACAGAGACUUCUUCAAAUGGGUUAGAGAAUGGGGACUGAAUUUGAGCAUCAAUCAUCCUCCUCUCAUGGGUUAGAGAUAUUCACCAAAAAUGAGUCUCCAAUGGAGCUUGAAUCUGGAAAUUUUGGUUGCAUUCAUUACAGGAGGAAAUGCAAAAUCAGGGUACCCUAUUGUGAUGAGAUUUUAUAAUGUAGGCAUAGCCAUAAUGAAGCAAAGAACACACUGGACAUAGUUUGCAUGGGGAAGUACUUUUGCCAGAAAUGCAAAUUCAUCUACGAUGAUAUACACAAUGGCAAGAGGAAUGCCUUGGAAUUUCUGCUUUGCUUUCUGCUGCUGGUGCUUGUAUUUGAGUGGAUCAAUCUGGGCUUUGCUUCCUUAUCUAAAAUAAACCGAACGUUAGAACUUGCCCGUGUCUUUGGGAUUGACUUCUUCUCUGCUAUUUCUCGAGGUUCACAGUAUCGUGUUGAAUCUAUGCUUAUGAGUGGCGUGCACACAAAAUUAUGUUGCCAUUUCUCCUAGGAGCCAACAGGUCGCUUCUCAACCUGCAAUGGAAUGCUGCUUACCCCUUGUAAUGGAGCCGGAAUCUGGUUUUUAUGCAGAUCUGGUUGUUGUUUUAGAUUUUCAAUCUCUUUAUCUGUCAAUGAUAAUUGCAUACUAAGGGAAGCAGGAAAUUUUGCUCACUUCAAAUGUUGUUGUGUUCGCAAAGGCGUAGUACCUCGCUUAUUGGAGGAAAUAUUAUCUACUAGGAUUAUGGUGAAACAAGCUAUGAAGAAGUUGGCCCCAUCACAACAAGUUCGUUACCGGAUAUUUAAUGCAAGACAGCUUGCUUUGAAGCUAAUACCGAAUGUGACAUGCGGCUAUAUGGCUGCCGGAUUUAGUGGACGCAUGCCUUGUGAAGAACUUGCAGAUAGUAUCGUUCAAUGUGGCCAUAGAACACUGGAAAAUGCUAUAUCCUUUGUAAAUUCCCAUGAUAGAUGGAACGCUAAAGUCAUCUAUGGUGACACAGACAGUAUGUUUGUUCUCCUAAGAGGACGCACUGUGGAAGAAUCAUUUGAAAUAGGACGUGAGAUUGCAUCUGCAGUAACUGCGAAUCCAUAUCCUGUCACAUUGAAAAUGGAGAAGGUCUAUCAUUCUUGUUUCCUCCUCACGAAGAAGCGCUACGUGGGUUACAAUUAUGAGAGCCCUGACCAAGUCAAACCCGUGUUCGAUGCUAAAGGUAUUGAGAUGGUCUGCAAAGAUACAUGUGGGACUGUAGCCAAGAUAAUGGAGCAGUCACUAAGGAUCUUUUUCGAACGCAAAGAUAUAAAUCAGUUUAAAGCCUACUUGCUUCGUCAGUGGAAACGGAUUUUAUCUAGCAGGGUUUCUCUUCAGGAUUUUGUGUUUGCCAAGGAGGUCCGAUUAGGUACCUACAGCACAAGGGCUUCCUCAUCACUCCCACCUGCUGCAAUUGUGGCGGCUAAAGCAAUGAGGACAGACCCUAGGGCCGAACCACGGUAUGGAGAUCGAAUACCUAAUGUCGUAGUCCAGGGUGAACCUGGGUCUCGCCUGGUUGAUAUGGUGGUGGACCCCCUGGACCUUCUGGUGAUCGAUUCCCCCGUUAGAUUGAAUGAUAUUUAUUACAUUACGAAACAGAUAAUACCAGAAUUGCAGAGAGUUUUUGGACUUGUUGGAGUGGACUUGAACCAGUGGUUUUCAGAAAUGCCUCGCCUAGGAUGAGAAUUUAUUGAUAAACAUCAGUCUUAUGUUCCGAAUGCUCAUCGAACUAGAAUUGAUUACUACUAUCUGUCGAAGCAUUGUGUCCUUUGUGGUGAGUUGGUCCAGGGUUCAGCCCACUUAUGUGGUCAAUGUUUAAGGAAUGAAGCUGCUGUUGCGAUAGCUAUUAUUGGAAGAACUUCAAAAUUGGAACGAGAGAUCCAACAUCUUGCUGCUGUGAGUAUCGUUACUUUAAUCGUCAACUGUAGCAUGGGAUUGGUCGCCUUUAUUUCCAUGACUGCUUGCAUCAGAUAUGAUCCAUACAAGGGGUGGCUUCAAGAAUUUGAGUCAGCAGUGACAUACAAGAAGUUAAUCCUACACAUUCUAUUUUACGAAAUAAAGAACAGCUAACAAUAAUGAACUUUUCGUAACAUAAGCAAAAGGAAUAUUUUAAGUUUAACCCAUUCAUACCUCU